UCCACGUCCCAUCUAGCCGUCACAGCCGUCAACUUUCAAUGGAAAGGCCACAUAAUGGUAAAAUAAUUUCCAAGAUUAUAUGCUCUCCCAGAAUGAAAUAUGUGGGUACAUGGAGUAACGACGAUAAAUCUGUCGUUUUAUGGUCGAUAAUCACUGGACAACAGCAUUUAAGAUACGAAAACGAAAUUUCAAGAACGAGCAUUACAGAACCUGUUACAUUAUCUGCUGUAUCUGAUAAUAUGCAUGUCGUGAUAAAGACCAAUUCCUAUCACCUUAAUUUUGAAAUAUUUGACGUAUCGACUAAACAAAAACCACUGCUUCAAUUUCCAAACUCACGAAACAUCAUCGAUCGAUCUGAAUUCACUAGAAAUGGUGACUUUGUGGUGAUUUCAAAUUUUCCAUCAUACAGGGCUUACAUCUUUACACCAACUCCACCAGAUUCAAAUUCUUUAGUCGAAUGGAUACUUACAUCUAUGCUUGAAUUGAAUUACUUUAGUGAUUCUUUCAUAACAAUACAAGGAAAUUUAAUUUUAUUUAAUAAUAAAACUUUUCAACUUACAAGUUGGAUUAUCAAAACCCGGGAAUUUCAAGCAAAUGGCCCAAUUGAUUGGGGUUAU